AUGGUUGGAUGGUCUGAGUCGCCCUUCAUCGCAGUAUCGUUCGGUUACCGCAUAGGAGCGUUGGGAUUCCUACCAUCAAAGCUGAGCGCUGCAGAAGGCGCACUCAAUCUGGGCUUGAAGGACCAAAUCUGCUUACUUGACUGGGUCGAAAAGAACAUCGAGCACUUUGGUGGCGACAAGAACAAUGUAACGCUCAUAGGGCUCUCUGCCGGCGCGCAUUCGAUAGGGCAUCAUCUUUUGAACUAUGAGGAGGGUGUGAAGCCCAAGUUUCACCGUGUCAUCAUUGAGUCAGGCGCUCCGACAUCCCGCGCUGUUCGCAAUCCCGACGCAGAGAUCCACGAGAUGCAGUUCAAAGACUUCCUGGAAGAAGUUGAAUGUCCUUCAACUCUACCAGAGUCGGAAGUCUUCAGCUUCCUACGCAAACUUCCCACUUCCACAAUCGCCAAGGCCCAAACCAAGGUAUUCCAAAAGUACAACCCCAGUCUACGCUGGGCGUUCCAGCCAGUAAUCGACAAUGAGAUCAUCCGCCGCCGUCCAAUCGAUGCAUGGCGGACGGGCAAAUGGUACAAGAUGCCCAUCAUGACCGGAUUUCAAGGGAAUGAAGGCUCGCUGUACGUCAACAAGAAGAUGUCGACUUCCUCGGAAUUCCUAGAUUUCUGGAAAACCUUGCUGCCACAGAUGAGCGACGACGAUAUCCAAACGAUACACAAGUUGUACCCUGACCCGACCGAAGUAGCGGACUCUAUUUAUAAAGAGACGCGGCUCGAGCAUGGUGUCGGCGCUAUGUACAAGCGUAUCGAGGCGGCCUACGCGCACUACGCAUACGUGGGCCCGGUACGUCAAACGGCUUUCUUCGUCAGUCAAGAUGCACCUGUAUACCUGUAUCACUGGGCAAUGAGACGCGACAUCGUCGAUGGAGCUCGUCACGCAGACAACAUGUUCUAUGAAAUGAGAGACCCUAAGUUCAUUUCGAAGUCGAAGAGCCAGGACGAAUUGUCGGGUAUCUUGCACGCGUACAUCACUAGCUUCAUUUGUACUGGCACUCCAAAUGCGCUUGGUGGCCCGUAUGCGAACAGAACGGAAUGGAAGAGCUAUGAUAGAGCGGAUCCGAAGGUGAUGAUCUUUGGGAGGGAUAACGAGGAGAUGAUCGGCGGGCAGACUAUUGGUGAGCCGGCUAUCAUGGUUGACGACACGUAUGCGAAGGAGGAAAGUGACUUUUGGUGGUCUAAGGUUGAACUGUCUCAGCAGUAG